CCGGGGGGCUGGUUGUCCUCUGUCCCACCACCUCCACUGGACCGAGCUGGCCCUCCUCACGGGGACAAGUAAAUAAAGUUAUGAUUAUCUGAAGAUGAUAAUGCUAACAGAUGCUAACAGAUGCUAACAUAGGAACCAUGUCCCUCGGUCCUCGGUUCCGACCCGGACAGGAAUGCAGACACACCGUUGCUAUAGGAAACAGCAGCAGCUUCAGAUGCUAACGAUGCUAACGAUGCUAACGGUCGCGCGUGUGUCACCGUUUGUGUUCUGACGUUUAACGGUUCGACGGUGACGUCUCCACCGCAUCAACUUAGUAAAGGCUUCGGCUAACAGGAGCUAGCAGGAGCUAACGGAGCUAGCAGUAGGAUUAGCUCGUGGAUUAGCCGUUAGCCUACAGCAGAGUGGACGCAAGCUACAGCCGCUAACAGCCGUUAGCUUCUCUCUGUGAAACCCAGAAUACAUUAACCUGGACAAAGCUAACUGGGCCUAUAAUAACCCGGACUAAACACCCUGAGUGUGGAAACACUGGCCCUGAUCACAGGCUCUGUGAAGGUGGACCUUUGAUCUGUCAAGGUCAAAGGUCAGUCACCUGAUGAACGGCAGCUGUCUGGAUCCAGUUGACCUCUGACCUGCUGCUGGAUCAUGACUCAGGGAGAUGUUGAUCUGAACUGGAACCAGCAGACGCCAUCAUGGCGGCCUUGGAUCCUGCAGCUGUAGGUGAACCUGGUCCUGAGUCCUCCGCUUCUCCUGCUUCUCCUGGUUCUCCUGGUUCUCCUGCUUCUCCUGGUUCUCCUGGUUCUCCUGGUUCUCCUGGGCGGCCCCUCCUGGCAGAGAAGGCCCUGUCGGACUCGUUCUCUCGGCUGAGGUACCGGGACACGUCCCUGAUGAUCUGGCAGCAGCAGCAGCAGGAGAUGGCGCCUCCCUCCACCUACCUGAGCCGCAGCCAGUCCACCAUGUACAGCAGCUAUGGGAACCAGGCUGUGCUGGUCCGGGACAAGAGGGUCCUGGAGGACGGCGAGGGACGGUCCAGGAUCUGCAGCCUCAUGUAGCAGAACACGGACUCAACUCAUCAUGUUGAUUUGACACUUUCUUUCUUCUGGAACACGUCUAAACUUUUAGUUGAAUAAGUUCCAGUUGAUACUCGUGAUAUUUGAGAUGUCGAACGUUUAAGAUGAAGUUUGAUCUGAUGUCCAAUAAUCAAUUAGAAUCAUCAGUCAGCUGACACAGGCUCCGCCCACACAACACAUGAAUAUUCGUAUACAGAUGAACACACAUGUGCUCACGUCUAUAAGAAUAUUCAUGUGACGUGUUAACUCUGACCUCAUCAGUAAGAUACACAUUUCACUGUGUGUAUUUGAAUGUACAGUAGGUGUGUGUGUAUGAAUGAGAGUGGACUGGGUCAGUUUAUACGUUUAUUUAUGAAAACAAAUGAACUCAGAAAAUAAGGAUCAUAUCAGUAAUUACAUCAAAUUAUUCACGUGUUGUUUUUCGUCCUCUCUCUCUCUGGGCGAUCUAAACGUCGGACAGGACCUAUACAGCUACUAUACAGUGCUCAAACAUACGGAAGAAGGAACGUACGGCCGGAGUGCAUGCAAAUACAUAAAAUCACUUUUUUCCUUUUUCUUAUUAAAAUACAAAAAUUAACUAUAACAACCGAAGCUCGACCAUCAACUAAAUAAACCAGAGGAGGUUACUGCGGCAACGAGCUGUCCGUCUGUCACUGCGUCUUUGAUCCGUCGUUAAGCUUCAUCGUGAUUCGUCUGUAAAAUGUCCAAAAUAAAACUUUGUUUCUUGAAACGAUGGGAAGGAAAACUAACGAUUAGUGUUGACGUUUAGUUUUGACUCGUCUGAAACGUAGUAAUCAUUUCCCCUAGCAAACUAUCGUCAUAACAGCCGAGCAGCGCCACACAGAGGAGCUGCGUAUGGAUCAUAAGCCUCCAUGUUAGCAGAUGGGACAUGGACCAAACUGAAGUUAAAUAAAUGUCUGAUUUCAGGUC